AUGGUUGCGAAAAAGAAAAAGAAGGAGUCCAAAGAACAGUCAUCUUCGGAAUCCGAUGCUGAUUAUUCCAUUCAUGAUAGCAGUUCUGAGUAUGAUUUUCUAUCCGACGAGGAGGCUAAUGUCCAAGAAGAAGAGAUUGCUAUGGCAUAUCCAGGACUAUAUCCAGACUACGUCCAUGCCUUGGCAGCGGCUACUCAAGCUGCUUCUUUGGCAGGAGCUGGUCACCACACUCAGCAUCAGCCUCCCAAACGAAAACGUCGUCAUCGCACUAUCUUCAGCGAAGAGCAACUUGAACAACUUGAAGCUACAUUUGAACAAACGCAUUAUCCAGACGUAGUGCUUAGAGAACAGUUAGCAUUGAAAGUAGAUUUGAAAGAGGAAAGGGUUGAGUUUGUGCCUCCCAUCCAUUACAACUUUUACAGAAAUUUGUCUUACCAACAACGGGAAAGACAACAAAUCCCAGAUCAAGAUACUCAGGAUAAUAUUCAGGAAGAACCCGACGACCCAGAUAACUGCUUUGAAACCGAUGAUGACUAG